AUGCGCACUCGCCGACCUGCCCUCCCCGGCCGGACUAUGUCUCCCAGAAUGCUCCACGCACCAGCCGGAGCGCCGCCUUGCCCGUCCCCCACCCUCGCCUCAGUUUCCACCCUCCUCCCGCUGUGCCCCGGGGCAGCGUUGUUCGCAACGAUCGGGUCACGCUCCGGGCCGCGUCUUCCCGCGCUCCCAGCCUCAAAUCCAGGCGUCCAGGAGCCCGUCGACGCGAGCAAGCUUCUCAGGGGGCAACGGGCGGCCGCACCGCCUUCCCAACCGCGCAUGCCCCCACCAAUUCUCCCUGAAUUCUCUAUGGGGCUUCCGGGGAUUAGCAGGGCUCUGCACCAAUCACGGCCUUCGCUAGGACGCCGUCAGCCCCCGUCUCCACGGCAACCCCCUGCGGAGACCCGGCCACCCCUUCCACCGCCCUCAGGACCGCAAGCGAGCCUCUCCCACUUUCGCCUUGGAGAGAGGCUCGGCCGGCUCCUGUCCGGGAGGAGGUGCUGGAUUGCGGACAAUAGGUCUAGUGUUGAACUUCAUGAAAGAGGAAAGAAUCAUAAGGAAAAUGUGGCAAAGAGGAUCAGUGAGAUUAAACCGAAAAGGCUGGAUAGGGCAAAGGAAGAAGAGAAGGCAUCAGAGGAGUUUGCUGCAAUGGAGGCAGCUGCCCUGAAAGAAUACCAAGAGGAUUUGAAAAGCCUUGGCUUAGAGUCAGAAACUUCAGAGCCAAGCAUAUCACUAGUAACCAGCACUAUCCCACCCGCCUCUGCAUCAGAUCAGCAAAAAAAAAAAGAAAGAAAAAAAGACCCUUCAAAGGGCAGAUUGGUAGAAGGCAUAACCUCUGAGGGUUACCAUUAUCAUUAUGCUCUUAUCACAGGAGCAUCUCAGUUUCAAGGAAACUUAAAAAAGACGGCAGUGAAGACUGUUUGGGUAGAAGGUUUAAGUGAAGAUGGUUAUACCUAUUAUUAUAAUACAGAAACAGGGGAAUCCAGAUGGGGAAAACCUGAUGAUUUCAUUCCACACUCUGGCGAUCUGCUUUCUACUAAAGUCAAUGAAAAGUCACUUGGUACCCAAGAAGAGUCCAAAUCAUCAGAUUCACGUUCUGAUUCUGAUGUGGAACACCAAGCAGAAAAAGAGGGGGGAAAUGGGACUUCGCUGGUGGUGCGGUGGUUAAGAAUCCGCCUGCCUGGGGGCUUCCCUGGUGGCGCAGUGGUUGCGCGUCCGCCUGCCGAUGCAGGGGAACCGGGUUCGCGCCCCGGGAAUGGGAGGAUCCCGCAUGCCGCGGAGCGGCUGGGCCCGUGAGCCAUGGCCGCUGAGCCUGCGCGUCCGGAGCCUGUGCUCCGCAACGGGAGAGGCCACAGCAGAGGAAGGCCCGCAUACCACAAAAAAAAAAAAAAAAAAAAAAAAGAAUCCGCCUGCCAAUGCAGGGGACCUGGGUUCGAGUCCUGGUCCAGGAAGAUCCCACAUGCUGCGUAGCAACCAAGCCCGUGCGCCACAACUACUGAGCCUGCGCUCUAGAGCCCGCGAACCACAACUACUGAGCCCGCGUGCCGCAACUACUGAAGCCCACGCGCCUAGAGCCCGUGCUCCGCAAGAAGAGAAGCCACCGCAAUGAGAAGCCCGCGCACAGCAAUGAAGAGCAGACCCUGCUCGCCGCAACUAGAGAAAGCUGCGCGCAGCAACGAAGACCCGACGCAGCCAAAAAUAAAUAAAUAAAAGAAAAAGGGGGGAAAAAAAGGAGAGGUCUCUGCAGAAGUGCAAAAGCUAAAAGUAAAGUUUAAAGAAAAAAAAAUAGUGAUAAAGGAACUGAAUCGGCAACACAGAAAGGAAAAAACGCCCAAGGGUAUUCGUCAGGUCCAAAUGAAGAAAAAUCCAAAGCUCAUAAAAAAUCAGACGCAUAUGUAGGGACUUCCCUGGUAGUCCAGUGGUCAAGGCUCCGUGCUCCCAAUGCAGGGGGUCCAGGUUCUAUCCCAGGGAACUAGAUCCCCUAUGCCAAAACUAAGACCUGGCAUAGCCAAAAUAAAAGUAAUAAUAAUAAAGAAAGCUCCUCUGUGUUUGUUUUACAUUACUUAAUGCUAAAAUUUUAGACUUAUUCUUAAUGUAUUUUAUGUGAAUUUAAAAUAACUGUUUUUUCAUGUGAAAUUGAUUUUUGUUCCCAAAAUGGAAGCCUACCACAUUGCAUUGUAAUGCAGUGUAUUAUGUUCAGUGUCUAAAAAUUGCUAAUUACAUCAUAAUAUAAGAUGCUAUGUAUCUGUUAUUUAAAACAUGGAAAAGUAAGGCCUUUAUUCAAUUCUUUCUCGUAUGAAUAUACUUGUACUGCACUGAAAAUGCAUUACUUUAAAAAAAUAUAUUUAUUUAUUUGGUCUCACCAGGUCUGAGUUGCGGCAGGCAGGCUCCUUAGUUGUGGCAUGCGAGCUCUUAGUUGCAGCAUGCAUGUGGGAUCUAGUUCCCUGACCAAGGAUCGAACGCAGGCCCCCUGCAUUGGGAACAUGGAGUCUUAUCCACUGCACCACCAGGGAAGUCCCGAAAAUGCAUUACUUUUGCACACUGAUAUUAUUCAAGAAAUAAGAAUUAGACCGCGUAAGAGAAGAUUCACAACCUGUGAUAAUUCAGUUCUGAGGAUCCUGUCAGAAGGCUGAUGUAGAAAGUGUAUGCAUAUUGGCUUACCUUACUCAAUUUAAGGUCAAAGGCCAAGAACCGGGACUGCAGCUCAGGUCAUGCUUAAUAUGGAAUGAAAACUGGACCAAAGAUGUAUCUGCCUGGUUCAAUGUAAAGCGACAACCAUUGCUUAAGCAUUUUCACCUUGAGCCAGGCACUAUGGUAGGAACUGGAGAUGUAAAGGUGAACAAGACAUAUCUCUGUUCUUCAUGCCUUCUCAUUCUGACGGAGUCCUUUUUUCCCUAGUCGUGCGCUCUGUGUAGAGGCCUUACAUAUACUGGAAAAUAUUUUUUAGGGUUUAUUUAAAACUAUGUAGAUGAAGUCUUGAACAAAAAUAGUAAGUUCUCUGACUUCAGUAAAAUGUUUUGGUGUUCCUUUAGAGAAAU